AUUAAUCAUACAUCAAUACAGAAUUUACACAUACGCGUUUUUAACUAUUUCCAAGUACAGAAAUGAUCACUAUGUAUCGAAGUGAUUAUCUUAAAACAAGAUAAAAUUAGAUAACUCGGAAUGUCGCAGUCGCAAGGUCCCCGCGAGAAGAUAUUCGCUGGGUAACCCCGUUAACAUCUAUCAUACGUAUAAUUAAUCAUACAUUAAUACAGAAUUUACACAUACGCGUUCUUAACUAACUAUUCCUAAGUACAGAAAUUAUCUCAAUAUAUCGGAGUGAUUAUCUUAAAACGAGAUAAAAUUAGGUAAAUCGGAAUGUCGCAGUCACAAGGUCCCCGCGAAAAGAUAUUCCCUGGGUAACCCCGUUAACAUCUCUCACACAUAUAAUGAAUCAUACAUUAAUACAGAAUUUACACAGACGCGUUCUUAACUAACUAUUCCUAAGUACAGAAAUUAUCUCAAUAUAUCGGAGUGAUUAUCUUAAAACGAGAUAAAAUUAGGCAAAUCGGAAUGUCGCAGUCGCAAGGUCCCGCGAGAAGAUAUUCCCUGGGUAACCCCUUUAACAUCUAUCAUACAUAUAAUUAAUCAUACAUUAAUACGGAAUUUACACAUACGCGUUCUGAACUAUUCCUAAGUACAGAAAUUAUCUCAAUAUAUCGGAGUGAUUAUCUUAAAACGAGAUAAAAUUAGGUUAAUCGGAAUGUCGCUGUCACAAGCUCCCCGCGGGGAGACAUUCGGUUGAGAGUCGGGGAAGGAUCGUCGGUAUCGAAAUUUCAGCUGAACUCUCGAUACGGAGUCGACUCGUCGAUGGUGGUCGUCUCGGAGGCCUCGAGCGCCGCGACGGUGGUGAUUACGGCAACGAAGACGGGGCGCGUCUUACUCGGGCGAGGAGUCGCGCGCGAGAGCGCGUCCCGUGUGGAGUGAGCGCGGUUUACGUACGUACGAUUAUAAAUAUCGUGGGAGCCAGUGGGCGCGCAUGCGCAGUAGCGCGACUGUUUCCGCCGUGCCUCGAGCGCAAGUCGGCAGCCUUUUCGACAGUGAUUGGCGGCGGUUCGAUCGAUCGAUAGUUCUCGAGGCCUGAUCGAAACCACUCGACAGGAAGGAUGACCGAGACCACCGAUUCUCUGAUUGGAACCCCGGAGGAGCCGCCCAAAAUCCAAGUUCUCGUGAUGGACAAGCAGACCAACAGAACGCAAUGGAAACAGUGGCUUGCUUGCGUGUCAGCGACCCUGUCCAUGGUAGCUGUGGGAACGGUGUUUGGGUGGACCACCACCAACAUCUCGAGGUUGAUGUACGAUGCGGACGCCCCUGUGCGGAUCACCACCGACGAAAGUUCCUGGAUAGUAGCCCUGACGGUGAUAGGAUCCAUGAUAGGACCCUUCCUGGGUGCCUGGCUGGCAGACAAAUUCGGACGAAAGCGAUGUUUGUUAAUGUCCAGCCUCUUCUACAUCGCGGGAUGGCUGAUGGUGGUCUUUGCUACCAACGUGGCGAUGCUCUACGUCUCCAGGAUCAUCUUAGGCGUUGGCGUGGGGAUGUCCUACACGACGAAUCCGAUGUACGUCUCGGAAGUGGCGGACGUGAACAUCCGUGGAGCUCUAGGAACGCUGAUAGCAGUGAACGUGUUCACCGGUUCCCUGCUAGCCUGCAGUAUAGGUCCCUGGGUGUCCGUCAGGUUCCUGAGUGCACUUCUGCUGUUGGUACCGGUUCUCUUCGUGGUCACCUUCGUCUGGUUCCCGGAAAGUCCUUACUAUCUAGCCAGCCAGGGAAGAGACGAAGAGGCCCUGCGAUCGCUGGCAUUCUUCAAGGGAAUCGAAGACAAAGAAGAAGCCAGGAGGGAGUUGGACCUGGUGCAGAAGAACAUCCACGAGAACAGCGAGGAUGGCCAGCAUUGGAGGGACAAACUGCUGCAGCUGCUCCUGCCAAACAAUAGGCGAGCCCUCGUCAUCGUCAUCGGGCUGAUAGUUGGUCAGCAGUUGAGUGGAAGUUUCAGUACCAUGCAGUACUUGGAAACCCUCUUCAGGGAAGCCAACAUCGGGAUCGACUCCAACGUCGCAACCAUCAUCGUCCUGGCUAUGGGACUGAUUUCUGGGAGCCUGGCGACCAUGACGGUGGAGGGUGCUGGUAGGAGACCCUUGCUGAUGAUCUCUACCUUAGGAUCCUCCGUGACGCUGGCCAUAUUAGCGGGAUAUCUUUUCCUGAACGGUCAGGGGGUCGACGUAUCCUCGGUUAAUCUUCUGCCGGUGGUUGAUGUUAUAGUAUUUCAGAUUGCUUAUCAAGUUGGACUUGGUACACUGCCCAAUGCAUUGAUCGGGGAACUGUUUCCUACCAACGUGAAGGGAAUUGCUGGAGCUACCAUCACCGUUUCCGAUGGACUCCUGGGAUUCGCAGUGUCCAAGCUGUAUCAGGUGUUGGGGGACUCCUUUGGCAAGCACGUCGUGUACUUCACCUUCGCAGGGUCCUGCUUCGUCAUCUUCCUGUUCGUCGUGGCUUUCGUGCCGGAGACAAAGAGCAAGACUUUCAGCGAGAUCCAAGACUUGCUCCGGCAGAAGAGGAUCAGGUGCGGCAAGAAAAGGAGAGACCAAGCGUGAGGAACCGAACUCUAGGCAGGGAAUGGAACUCGUUCGAUUCCUUUCUGGAACUUGAACCUUCAGGUUUCAAGGGACGGAAACUUCAAUGCUGACGAGUCCAGUUGGGACGAAGAACUUCUCUAACUUACCAAGUGCCUUAGCAUUCUUCCGGAAGUGGAGUUCUCGAAGCGCAUUUGGGUUCCACUUUCUCGCGAGCCAUUUCAUAUUGACGGAAUUUCGCUCAUAGAUUUUUUAUCCAUUGAACGUUGAACCCUUAUAACCAUAAACUUAUCCGAAGACACGCCUUGCGAAUGGUGCAAGACGCUGAAGAGAGUGUACACUCAUCUCCACUUUUACGGCUACCAUGGGUGGUCAUUUUUAAAUCUGUAGCAGGAAGCUCUGGCUUCUUCAAGUUUCGACAUUACGAAUCUUCGUAAUUACUUCCUGCUUCCUACUUUUGUACAUACUUGAAUUUCUUCACUCGCCCUAAUUCUAGAAGUAGAUGUAUUAAUAUUCAUCCUAACCUUGCUCUAUAUCUUGCCAAUUAGAUUUAUUAUUUUCUUAAUUAUAUUACGGGAAAGGUUAAUAGAAAUAAGCUAUCAUUGACGUAGUGUUCCGAGUUUUAUCAGAUUUUCAACUGAUUCCAUUCAGCUUCCGACGUUUUUCUCGCUAAGCUGCGUCAGGAUGCAAUUUCGUUCCGUGUCAGAUAACAAACCGUAUGAUAGACCGCAAACUGCGUUGUCGGUAUUCAAAUCGCACUAUGAAAUUAACAUUUACCUUUGUGGACGAGUGUUUGUGAGAUUUUACCCGCGAACCAUAUUGUGAGCUCUUCCAUGAUCGCUGACAACGAAUGUCACUUGUGCUACGAAAAUACUUUCAAUACUAGUCGGUGCAUCCUACUUUACUGAUUGAACCUCUCAAUGGAUUACCAUGUAGAUUAUGUACAUAAGAAUUACCGCCGGCGAUAUAUGCGCACUAGUAGGCAUCUACGUCAUGCCCGAUGCAAACCGGCGAAUGUAAUGUACUUGUAAAUACCAUUAAUGAAGAUAUCCGCCCUUCUGGCGUUUGUUAUCCUUUCUUUGUGAUGGGCUCCGAACAUUUAAUGGAUUCGAAAUGUUUUGCACUCUGCAAUCUAGAGUUUCUCUUUCUACGCCGUUAUUGCGAAAAAGCUAUCUCGAAAUAAUGCUUCCCAGAGGACUUUGAACGUUUCGCGCACCUUUCAGGAGAAAUACUAUCUCUAAUUUCGCAAAUGUACUGCGGUUUUUGUAAGGAAAAAAAAAAAUUAAAAAAAAAUAAAAGAAAGGAAGAAAAAAAUAAAUGGUUUCGCAACGCA